UAGUCUUCUUCUUCUUCUCUUUCUCUUUCAAUUGCUCAUAAUAUUAUCUUCUAGUUCAAAUUUUUGAGAUCAUGGAGAAGAAAGCCCUCCUCGGACUUGUGGUUAUCCUUCUAGCUCUGUCCCAUGUUGCUUCUGUUCCUGCAUCCAGAAGCCUUGUGGCCAAACAAGCGGAUCCAUCACCAGUGCUGCAAGAUCAUCAUGUUAAGGAGGCCACGGACUUAAAAACCAGUACUGAGGAGGCUUUUGAGAUGGAGAAAGAUGCAGGAGAGGGCAGAAUGAUGAUGGAUGUUGUAGACUAUUCCGGACCAAAACCAAAUCCAGCACAUAAUCCAAGAUCCCCAGGAAAACCUGGGUUUUAAUAAUUGGGAUAUAUAGAUUAAGACAUAUAUGUGUGUGUCUGAUGUGGUUUAAGAGUGAAGAAGAAUCUUAAAUAAUAGUUUGGAUUUCUCCGGUGUGCUUACGUAUAUGUAUGUGUGUAAUGGGCGCGUGUCGGUUAGCGCCUCUGUCGAAGGAUUCAGCUCAGUUAAUACGGGCUGAUUGGUAUAUCUGGAAGCUGUAUUGUUCUAUUCAGAAAAGUCUAAUGCAGUUUGUUUGGUAGAUCAAUAUAUGUAUAAAAUUAU